AUGCUCGUGGUGAAUAAAAUAGUUAAACGUGGAGAGGUUUACCAUGCCAAUUUAGAUGAUGCUACCAGACAUGAGCAGAAAAAUGAUAAAGAUACCGAAAGGCGUUCAGUGGUAGUAGUUUCCAAUAAUAAGCAAAAUGAAUACUCCAAAGUAGUAGUGGUAGUUCCUCUUUCGAGCAAAGUUCAUAAUCUUAAACCUUCUUUUCAAGCUCCCACAUUUUUUCAAGGAAAAGGUGGUAAAUCCAAAUGUGAGCAAGUGCGAGCAAUUGAUGUGGAAAGAUUAUUCGGAGAAAAGCGAGGAAGUUUAACCGAAAACGAAAUGGAAAUGAUUGAUAAAAAACUAAUGGUGGUUUUAGAUUUAUUAAAAUAUUUUGGUGGAUCUAGAGAAAGCAGACGAAAAAGUUUUUAA